CAACUUGUCCGCAGUUCUCAGUCGACUAGUGCACAAAACGGUUGUUUUUUCGGGAAAUAUAAAGAAUCAUAUCAGCAUUAAGUACUACACUCCAUAGGCGCUAACAAGCUUGGAAUAUGAUGCAAAGUAUUGUCAUCACUCUGGCACUCUGUGCCACAAUCUGUGCUGCUGCUCAGACGCGUAAUACGCCCAUACAGGCCAUAGCCUAUGUGAGCGGACCCGUCCAAGCGGACGGCAGCCAGGUCAAGGGGAAUGUUACCUUCACACAGAACGACUGUGGCCAGAAUGUCCAUGUGCGUGUGCAAUUGGAGGGUCUGAAGGAGGGCAAGCACGGCUUCCACGUCCACGAGAAGGGGGAUCUGAGCAACGGCUGUACCAGCACGGGGGGUCACUAUAAUCCCGACAAGGUUGAUCAUGGCGGUCCCGAUCAUGAGGUGCGCCACGUGGGCGAUUUGGGUAACCUGGAGGUCAACUCCACGGGCGUCGUUGACGUCACCUAUACGGAUAAGGUGAUCAGUCUGACCGGCAACCGUGGCAUUAUCGGACGUGCCGUUGUUGUCCACGAGGGCGAGGACGAUCUCGGACAGACCGAUCACGUGGACUCCAAGAAGACGGGCAAUGCGGGUGGCCGUAUCGGCUGCGGUGUGAUUGGUGUUAACUCGGAUGUGGACGAGUGGCCAUGCCGCGAUGGCGGCGUCGGAGGCCUGCGAAGCUCCCUCUCCAUUCUAACCGUUGUCGUUGCUCUCUUCCUCUCGCGCAGCGUCUAACCCUGGCAUGGGAUCGUUCAUCUAGCACACACACACCCACACACAUACAUACACGUACAUUAAUAAUACUCCAACAGCAUUAUCCACCCAAACUAGAAAAAACUGAAGAAAAUAACCAACUAAGUUAAUUGUACGAGUAUUACGUUUGAAAUAUUUGCUAAUAAAAUUUGUUAUAAUGUCAA